AUGCGCCUGGGAGGUGCUGGCUGUGCUGGAGGUCGGCGCGCCAGCACCUAUGAUCUGGCGCAUAUUUAUUCAUUUAUUCUAGCCACGUUGCGCCACGGCACGAAACUUAAUGGUGUCCAGUGGACGCCUCACAUCAUGGAGACGUGGAUUAAGACCCUAUGCUGGCCCAUGGGCUACAACACCUACAAACACCAGCAAGCACAGGAACUACGAAACUGUAUCCAUGACGCAGUGCACCAUCUGCAAAAGUUAUCUGACACUUUGCCAGAGGAGUCAUCCCACAUGUCACUGACCCAAUCAGCCGCGCAGUCGCCUCCUGUGUCAUCAACCGCACGCUCUCCUGCUGCACUCUCCUCAUUGCAUAUGAUGUCAAGCAGCUUAGCCCCACACUCGUUCUCACAGCCAGUGUCAGCGUCCUCGUCGCAUUCUCUUUACAUGUCAUCCCACGGUGUUUCGCCUCACAUUCUCACCCGCCCUCGCAUUCUCUGCUUUCUCUCUCAACUUCUGAUGGUCGCAUGGUGGCCUAUUCCUCUUGGUUGGAACAGAACUAAUCCCAUUCCACAGUGGCUUACCACUCUGAUCGCACAGCUCGAGGUCUGGCAAGACUUAUCGCACUCUGAGGAAGUCUCAUUGGGUGAUCUUGGAGCACCAGAGCCUACCUUGGCUCACACAGAGAUACUCGUCCAACAAGCCACAUCGCUACUCGCGAUUUGUGCCGGGGUCGCUGCUGCUGGAAUGAUCACCCGUAACUUCGUUUUUGGUUCUAUAGAUGGGCAGAGGUGA